AUGAAACGCGAAAUUUGGAUAUGUCCCAUUUGUAAAAAUUUUCUCGACAGGCCAAAAAUGUUCAAGUGUUGCCGUCAUACGUUUUGUUAUCGUUGCCUUGAAAGAUUUUAUUCCGACAGACAAGAACAAGAAACCAUUACUUGCCCAAAUGAAAAAUGCAAUAACCAAGAAAGUAUACUUAAAAAAAAUGUCCGAGAUUUGCCGGACAACCUUUUUUUAAAGAAACUCGUUGAACUAAAAACGAUCAGACCUCGUUGUUUACGGCAUGAUGAUUAUUUGAGAGCAUUUUGCAUAAAUUGCAAACAGUUAGCCUGUCAUACUUGCUCCAUGGUUGAACACAGCAAACAUCAAUUCGUUGAAAUUUUUGAAGCUGCAGACAAUAUGAAAUAUGAAUUAACAGAUGCUAUCAGUAAAAAAAAACUCUCUUUGGAUAAAGUUAAUGACAAAUUGAAUAAAAUUAAUCAGGGGCUGGAAAUAUUUAAUACCAAAUUUAAAUCAAUACAAGAUGCUAUAAAACAAAGUGGGGAAGAUUUGAAAAAAUUAAUUGAUGAAAGAGUUGCAGAUUUAAUAACUGAAAGUGAAAGUAUAAAAACUGAAAAUUUGAAUCAAAUAAAUCCAGUAAAAGACACUUUUAUGAAACACAAAAGAAACAUGGAAGCAUUUAUCUGUGAUUCAAAUGAGCUGCUCAACAGAGGAACAUCAUAUAUGAUAUUAAACAAUGUUCCAAAACUUCUUUGUGAGUCUCAAAGCAUUGAAGUGCCUGACUACAAUCAAUUUGUUGUCAAUUUUGGAAUCAAAUUUUCUCAUAAACUUGUACAAAAAGAAGAUUUAAUUGGUUCAAUACGUAAACAAUCAGAUAAUUCUCAAGAAAAAAUUGCUGACAAAAGUCAAAUCAUUCAAGGUAAACCUAUUCUAUUGGAGGGCAUUCCAGGAACGAUGAUUGUGAAAAGUUGUUUUAUAUAUUUCUCAUCAUUAUAUUGUGGCUUAUUUUCAAGUAACGAAAUUUUAGUGUAUCAUUUAAAUAACUUGAAACAAUUGAAGUUUGUAAUUGAAGUUGGAGGCUUGAGAGACCCACAAAGUAUUGUAGCAACAUGUAACAAUUUGUUCAUUUCUGAAUCACUGCAAUCUACCACCACAGUUUACAAAAUUGACCUAUUUAACUACAAAUCUACAAAAUGGACUUAUUCAUCUACAUAUUCUAAACUUUCUGUGACAGAAGAAGAUAAUUUAUUGAUGACUUGUAUGAACCCUAAUGUACUGUUAGAAAUUAGUUUGCUAGGAGAGACCUUGAAGGAAAUACAAUUAGAUUCAUCUUUAGAUGAACCGAGACAUGCAAUAAAAAUUGAUGAGAAUGAGUAUGUUGUCUGUCACCAAGGGGAAAAGCAUAGGGUCUGCUUGAUAGACUCAUCUGGAUCUUCAGUAAAUAUUGUUGGCGGCUGUUCCAACUCAGUUUUUCAAAGUCCCAAUCAUCUCAUAAAGAUUUCUAAAAAUGAUAUUUUAAUUAUCGAUUCUUCAAAUGUUAGAACUCUUUCUGUUGAUAUGAAAAUAUUGAAAAUUAGCAGGGAACUUAAGUUUGAUCAGCCUUAUGAAUCAAAUGUUUUUGGCACGUUGAAUGUCGACAAAGAUAGAAUGAUAAUAAUUUCAAAUAAUAAUUUUAUAAUGUACUUUUUUUCUUAA